CGAGCCGCCCGCCCGCUCCCGCCGCGUGCAAAGUAGUGGCAGCCGGUGCGGCUCGGCCGCCGCCCGCUCCCGGCGCCCCAGCGCGGCACUCGUGCCCAGGCCCGCCGGCGCCAGGUUGUCUUCUGAAUUUUGUCUGAAGGUACCCUCUUGCUUUCUCAGCAAAUCAUGGACAUCGUUGGCUUUCUGAAGUCGCAAUUCAUUUGCCACCUUCUGAUCUGCUACAUAUUUAUAGUGUCAGGACUGAUCAUUAACUUCAUUCAACUCUUUACACUUAUACUUUGGCCAAUCAACAAGCAACUGUUCAGGAGGAUCAACUGCAGGCUGGCUUACUGCAUUUCAAGCCAGAUGGUGAUGCUGCUGGAAUGGUGGUCAGGCACCGAUUGCACCCUUUACACUGAUCCAGAGAGUUACCACAAGUACGGGAAGGAGAAUGCCAUCGUAAUCCUUAAUCACAACUUUGAAAUUGACUUUCUCUGUGGUUGGAACUUUUGUGAGAGAUUUGGGGUCCUGGGGAGUUCCAAAGUGCUUGCAAAGAAGGAGCUCUCCUACAUGCCUAUCAUUGGCUGGAUGUGGUAUUUCCUAGAGAUAGUCUUCUGCAAGCGCAAGUGGGAGGAAGAUCGGAAAACAGUUGUACAGAAGUUGCUCAAUCUCCGGGACUACCCUGAAAACUUUUGGUUCCUGAUUCAUUGUGAGGGCACAAGGUUCACAGAACAGAAGCACCAGAUCAGCAUGCAGGUCGCUGAAGCCAAGGGUCUGCCCAAGCUCAAGUACCACCUCCUGCCACGAACAAAAGGAUUUGCUGUCACCGUGCAGUGUUUGAGAAAUGUAGGAUGGUGGACUUGGCUGGAGUACCUUGCUAAGGGAUGGAGCUGCAGCACAACAGAGCAGUGGAGCCAAGUCACAGGUUUGGGACCAGCUGGGUGUGAGAGAGCUCCUGUCCCAUUUUCUUUCCUCCUUUUUGACAAGGGUGCAAUUGAGCUUGUCACAGGCUGUAGUACUAUAGGAUGAGUAGAUGCUGUUUUCUCUGGCUGUAGAUGUAAUUCACCCAAGGCAGCAGAGAUUACCUCUUAAAAAGUUUGUAUCAAGUCUUAAUGCUACCUGCUGUAGUCACUCUGGAAGGAGUUCUGAAGUAGUUCUGAACAAAUCUGUACAAACAGAUUUAUAUUUUCAUUUGCUUCCAUACCAGUGAUGCCAUAUCUGUCAGCAUAAGCAGAUGUAUUUGGAUAAAAAUACCUGUCACACAAAACAAGAGGUAAAGAACCUUCCCUCUUAACUAAUUUAUUUCAUAAGUGAUAGUGGAAUUGUUUUUUCCUCCAAAACUUGCUUUCAGAAGCUCAGAUCCUCGUAUAUCAUUUGAUUCUUAAAGAAAGAAAGCUUUUAAUAUUUUCUGUACUUGUUCUGAUAUUUUCAUUGGUGACCAUUCCUCCCAGUAUGGUUUUACAGAUGCAGUCCCCAGGAACUUAAUUUCUAGAAGCUGUUCACUUUCUUAAUAAGUUGCUGUUUGCUACCUGUACUGUUCAUGGAAGCAAAUAAAAAUACAAAUCUGUUUCUAAAACAUUCAUCCAUUACUUACAGUAAAAGUAGAUGUCUCUAAUACUUCAAAAGAUAUAUUUAACUGUUACUGUCUGGCUGUAUAUAAGGCAGUUCCUUUCAGCUGCUUUUGUUUAGUUAAGACUUGUACUUAAAAAUGUACUUCACGAUGGAUUGCAGAUAAGCCCAGGUUUUGUUGUGUACCUUUUCCUCCAGUUGUGCAUGCUGGGAACUGCUGUCCUAGAGCAUGAGAAUAAAUUCCAGGGUGAUAUUCUCAUGUUGCAGUGCCUUUUUUUUUCCCUUGAGUUGUAUGUUAGUCCUGUAUAUUUUUUUUUUUCAAGUGGGUUUCUAUUCAUCAUCCAGAGCAAGUAACCAAGUUUGAGAGGAUGAGUGGUUUUUGUUCAAGCUGACCCCAUUAAUGAAAUGUUAAAUCAAAGGAUUGUGUCAAGAUGGUGUCACAUCAGCAGUACAGAGAAUGUCACUGUACCUUUCCUUUUCCAGUCUUCAGAUCGUUUUCUGCUAGUAUUAAGAUGCAUGUAGCCAUGCCUGUAGUUUGAUUUGUCAGUGAAUCAUCCUGGCAUAAUCCACCAUGGCCACAAAAUAAUGCGUGAAAUUCAAGAGGACAGUCAAAGCAAGAAAAAUCCUCUCUAGAUAUGUAAUCCGAAGAUUUUUUUAGGUUGAAGUUAAGAAAUUAAAUCUUAAAUUCUUAAGGUCUUAGCUCUCUGUCAGAAAGCUGUAGAGGGAACCAAAAGUUAAUGAUAUGAAAAAAAGCUGGGCAGAGAUUAGAAAACAAACAAAAAAAACCCUAAUCAGUUUUUGACAGAAAGUAAAGGCUUUCAAAUAUUUGUGUUUGGAUUUUAAUGAAAAAGAGAUAUUACUCCUUUGAAAAAAUAUUUCACCAUUGAAGCAAAACUUCUUAAAUGCUGCUCAUAUUAGUUUGAGAGUGAGACAGUUGAAAUAUUUUAAAGAUACUAUGGAGGGUUUUUUUUUACUUGUUUUAGAAUGUGAAUUAUCUGGUCUCUUCAGCUUUUGGAUGAGAAAGUCAUGAGAUGUCCAAUUCUAAUUUUGAAAUUACAAAAUCCGUGUUUAAUGAUGACCAGUUCCAGUGUGUCACACAGCAUGCUAGUGCUGCUUUGACUGUGGGUGCUCUCUAGCAAAUUUUAAUUUCAUGAAGCCUUUUUCUUGGACACUUUCAUUGUUAUUCUUUUCCUGCACUCUCAGAAUGAGAAAGCUAAAAUCUUUAGUUAUCUUCAGUUAUAUCUGGAUAACAGAGGUCUGUUUACUUCUGCACAUUGCUAUCAUUGUCUUGAGUUUGGCACUGCUUUGCACCAAAAGAUUUCAGUGUGUUGUUAACAGUUACUAGUCUGAAGAUUAAACUACAGAGCAGUUGGAAACUGGAGCAGCACUUUUUUUCCCCCUUGGAGAAAAGGAAAACUGUGUAAGACUGUCAGCACCUAAAGAUAUUCUUGUCCAUCUCCACAGAAGUUUUAUUCAGAGCAGAACUAUCUUCCAAUAUGUCUCGAUGAAAACCCAGUUCAUAUAAAAACUCAAAUGUAGAUGCCUUGUAAGAGAUGGAAGAAAAAGUGUUGUGUGUAUCAUACUUUGCUUUAUUGCAUCCCUAUUGUUGUUAGAAUAAUCUCAUGCUAUUAAGGAAUAAACUAAGAAGCUUACACUGUGUAAACCAAACUGAGCUCUUGUUUUCCUUCAAUUACACUGGAUUACUAAAUUAGAGUAGAUUAGUAAAAUCCUUCUACACUAAGAAGCUUAAAAAUGGAGGCAGAUAAUUUAUUUUAAAAAAAAAGUAAUUUCAUACUUGUACAGGCAGAGCAGUGUGCAUGAAGUAGAUUUUGGCUUGUUUUGAGUUUGGGCAAAGAACCCUACUGUAAUAGGAGAAGAAUGGAGUUGUAGUGAGGGACAGAGUCCUUUUGCAAUGACAGAGGUUUGGCCUUUGUUUUCAGGAUUUCCUUUCAGCACUGAAGCCAGGCUGUUCUUUCUCCACUAUGAAUUCAGUUUUGCAGUAACAAAUGAUGUGGUGAGUUUCUGGGAGCUGAAUGCUGAGACCAAACCAUAUUUAUCUCUCAUAGCUAGAGAGGUUUCAAAACCAAGAGCAAAUCUCUCCCGUGUAAUAAAAGUCUUAGGUGGGUCGAGAGGUCUCACAAUUAAGGUUCACAUGUAUUUUUAUUAAUUAUUGCAAAACUCUAGAGCAGAAAGCCUAAAAUGAAACAGGCUAUGCAUGAAAAUGCUUCUUAGUCACUUUUGUGACAAAAAUAGGAAAGUUUUUUGGCUGCAAAGUUUUAAGGGCUGUCAUUCCCCUGAAGAGUUCAUACCAUGAUGCACGACUGAUUUCAGUGUCAGGAAAAUGAAUUGUUCUCUGGUAAUUUGUGACAUCAGGAAAAUAGUGUAUCUAAGGAUGUGUUCAAAUAAACUUUUUUGCAACACUUAAUGUGGUUCUAAACAGUGAAUGUUUUUUCUGUAGCAACUGCUUGUUACUGCUGUUUCAGUUUAUCUGCCAUCAGCCUUUGCAAAUGUUUUUUCUGUUCCAGCUCAGUCCUGAGCUGCACAGUUUUCUCAGUGCUGGAAGUUUGGCUGCAGUUUUGUUCAGCAGAACUUUUGUGUUCUAUUCCUCACAUCUGCAUGUCUUCAUA